AUGCCCUGGCAACCGCUGCCGCGCAUUGCCUUCGCCGUCGCGACCUAUCCUUUCAGCACACAGGCCGACAACGAACUCCCGCUCGAGAUCGGCGAUGACCUGUAUAUUAUCGAGGAGACGCCCGACGGCCAAUGGCUGCGCGGAUACCUGCUAGCACCGCCCUCGCUGCUGGCCGGCCUGACGUCGUCGAAAGGCCAGACACUCGAGGCGCGCGUCUUCUCCGGUAUCUUUCCGCGCAGCUGUGUCGAAAUCCGCGAGGUGCUUGGGGAGGCGGACGAGAACGCCUCGGACGACAAUGGCAGCUAUGCGGGAGACGAGGACGCGGCGCGGAUGGGCAGUGAUUCGGGCAAGAGCGGUGUCACGUCCAUUGAGAAGAAACAGCCACGGCGUGAACGGCCCAGGAAGAAGGAUGGGCUGCCGUCCCCGUCCAGUGCAACUGCGCCAGAUGGUGGGCUCGUGAAGCUCUCUAUUCCGGCCAAGCGAGAGCCAGGCAUGCCGAAACCUCCCGCUCCGGUACCCAUGCUCAAGAUCGGCGACGAGACGCCCACCUCACUAUCCGAGCCUCUGAUAGACGAGAUCGCGUCCUGCCUGCGCGAGUGGCAUUCGACAAAUCUACACGAGCUCCUCCUGUCGCGCCAGUACGCCAAGCUGGACAAGCUUUCGCAGCUAAUCACCACCCUGGAUCUCUCGCGGCGCCAGCUGCUUCACAAUGUGCUCACAGCUCACGAACAGCAUGCUGUGCGUGAGAAGACGGUAUGGAAUCUGGUCAAGGGUAACAAGCUCUGUGGAGGCGAGGUCAUAGUGCGCGAUCCUGGGGAACGCGGUCGAGUCCUAACGGGAGAGGACUCUGUGGUCGAGAUUACCAAACUCCAGUCAACCAUGAGUCUGUUGGACGAGCCUCCCCAGCCACACGUUGAACUAACUGCUCUACACCAUCUAUUGGUUGAUGUCAAGAGUUUUGCGGGUUCGUCAAACGAGGCUACGACUCUGGUGGUUUACUUGGUGAGCAAACCCGUGGGCGGCUUCCCGGUCGCCCUUUCGGAAAGCUACAUAAUCGAUGUCCCAGCUGGUGGUACGAUGGGACACAUGGCCCGCAACACACAGAUGCGUACCUUGUUUACCGAUUUGACAUCAAGCGAGAUUGGCGAUGCCCCGUCUGCAGACUCAGACCUGUACCUUGUCGUCAAAGUGCGUGCCCCUCAACAAAUCGUCGCAGGCAAACCCAUCUCUCGAUCUGGAUCAGUUGCCCAAGCUAUGAGCGGUUUCUCCAAGGAGAAGACGCCAACAUCAUCCGGCGGAACUAAGUCUUCUAGGAGGAGCUUGAUGUGGGGGUCGACUCGGUCUGCGUUCUCUAGGGGAGGGACGAAGCUGGAUUCUUUGACAGAACAGCCGGAAGAACGACCGCGGACUGAUAAUGUCGAAAGUAGAGAUGGUAAUGGACCUCCGAACACAGCGGGCUCGAGGAAUGGGAACGCGUCGAUGGACGGUGCGCCAGUGGUGCAAAUGGCGGCCGACCGCAUGGUCGGCAUGGGCGUACUAAAACUGAAUGCGAUCAUGAAGCAAACCGAGGAGACAGAACACGUCAUGACUGUAUGGGCGCCGUCAGCGAAAUUUACGUCGGAAAAACAAGAGCACGGUGACGAUUGGGAUGACUUGAUCAACCACCUCCUCGACAGCAAGUCCGGGCAGUACGAGAAAUCAAGAAGGGCAGAACGGUUACAGGUCCAUCUGAAGCCCUUCAACAACCCUGACGCCGAUGCCUUGAUAAAGGCAACCCCGACGCUUCUAUCCGGAGUCACAAAAACCAUCAAGAUGGGCUUCUCAGGAGCUCCUACCAAGCCUAGGUCGGAUAUCUAUGUGACUAUAGACCAGGCACUUUUGUCUCGUCAAAACCUAAUUUCACGCUUCGGUGGCAGCGCAACAUCCAUUUCGGGUAAUGUCCUUGGUGGAAAUCUCCUUGCGUCGCUGGAGGUUAGGCGGCAGACUGGGGAGAAGAUUGAGAACUGCAUCUACCAAUCCUCCAAUAGUGAGGCCGUGUCAACGUGGAAGUCAUUCGCAGUGGAGCGUGGAGAGCCAUGGAACCAGACAUUGCGCCUGUCGCUCCAGCCACCGGACGUUCUUUCAGCCCAUCUUGUGAUCACCCUCACGGAUCUACCAAACACACCGUUUGCGGUUGCACAUAUUCCUCUUUGGGAUCAGCAAGCAUUUGUGAAGGAUGGACCGCACACUCUCCUGCUAUACAAGCUAGAUGAAUUCACGCAGACUGCGCAAGCUGGCCCGUCUGGCAGGGGCGGGUAUCUCUCAUUGCCUUGGGGUACUCGAAACGAACCCAGUGAUGUUACUGGCCCCCUGGCGGCCAUGAGAAUCCACACCUAUCUAUGCAGCACACGAUUUUCGCAAGAUAGAGUGGUCCUCGGCCUGCUCAGAUGGAAAGAACAACCCAGAGAAGACAUUCCGAAUCUCCUUAAGCAGGUGAUCUUUGUACCAGAGAUUGAAGUCGUUAAGCUUCUGAGCGAUGUUCUUGACGCACUUUUCGGGAUUCUUGUUGAAUACCAGAAUAACGACGAAUAUGAAGAUUUGGUCUUCACUGCCCUUGUUCGGGUACUCGGUAUUGUGCACGAUCGAAGAUUCAACUUGGGCCCCCUUGUGGAUCAAUACGCCGAGAGCAAGUUCAAUUACCCCUUUGCGACACCUUGUCUGGUCAGAUCAUUCACACGAUUGCUGUCUAAGCCUACGGAAGGAGAGACAGCCAGAAAAUUGCGUGCAACACUCAAAGUUGUACGCCAUAUCUUGAAAUUCAUCACUCACGCCAGAGGCCAGCAGAGAGUGAAAGAAGCUGGUAUAGGCAUCACCAGCACGAGUCCUGGAUUCAGUCGACACCUGAAGUCCAUAUUCAAGGCUUUGGACUCCAUGAUGCGGAACGAUGCAGCUGUGCUUGUUGGAAGCCAGACAUUGGCAGUACAGCAUUUCCACACAUGGCUACCUGAGUUGGCCGGAUUGUUAACCACUGAGGAGAUUCUUCACAUUGCAAUCGAUUUCAUAGACUCUUGUUCUUCGGUCAAGGGCAAACUUGUCCUGUAUAAGCUUGUCUUGAUCAUCAACUACUCCAAACUCGACCUAUUCUCUCAACCCGAGCAGCGAUCGGCGCUGAGCGCCAAUACCGCACGCUGGAUUGCCCCCCACUGGGGUUCGACGGAUGAGGUCUCAGACCAGUGGAAGGAACAAGUACGCCUGUGUUGCUCGGUACUUGCCAGUCAGGUUGAACACUUAGGACCCGAGAUUCCCGAUUACAUGCCCAAAAUCAUUGAUUCGUACCUGGCCAUUCAGCAAACAGAGAUGAAGCCGAAAUCCCGUCUUUCCUUACUCUUCCCCUCCUCCUAUCCAUUCCCCAGCAAGCCAAUCAACGGCUCAGCCCAGUUCGACGAAGCACUGAUCGAACUGUCAGCUGUCUUGUCGGCAUUAUCAAAUUCACCCAGUGGUAUGCAACUUGAGCUAGCCGAAGAUGAUCUUGGCACGCUCAUCCACAAUGCGCUCAAUGUCUACAUGAGCAUCCUUCAAGGCGAGGCGUUCCCGGCAACGUGGCUCAGCGUGCAUAUUUUCCACCACAGAUCAGUGAUGAAGUCACUGCAAUACCUGGCAACCAUUCUGUUGGAGACUUUAUUGCCCGAUCCUGACGAUGCCGAAAGUUUCAACACGGAGUUGUGGAAAAUGUUCUUCACCACUCUUCUUAAACUUGUCGGGAGUGAGUGUCUAGCACUCGAGACCUUCCCGGAGCAGAAACGCCGAGCAGUGUGGAAAAUUGCCGGCGAUGUUCGAGAGCAUGGAGCCGAACUCCUUAGGCGUACCUGGGAGGCGAUUGGAUGGGAGACUUCUCCUGACGAGCGCACACGGUAUGGCUUGGCCAAGAUGGGCGGCUAUCAAGUCCAGUACGUGCCAACGUUGGUGGGCCCCAUUGUCGAACUCUGCUUGAGCGUGCACGAAGGUCUGAGGAGGAUGGCUGUCGAGGUUCUCCAGACCAUGAUCGUCAGCGAGUGGACUUUAAGCGAGGAUCUUUCCGUCAUUCAAAUGGAGAUGAUCGACUACUUGGAUCUCUUCUUCAAAGACAAGCAAAUGACCGAGAGCAUCCUUCAGAAGCUGUUCAUCACCGAACUCCUCCAACGCUUUGAACCCUUGUCGCAGAUCGAGGGAGAGCCACUCUAUGCAGCCCUUCAAGAACUCAUCAGCACCGUCGAUGAGUUUCUUGACCUACUUGUUGCGGUCCACAGCGGCGACGGCAGCGGUGCAGCUUCGCAACUCAUUAAUCGGCUCCGUCUCAUGGAAUUCCUUCGCGAUAUGCAGAAGGAAGAGAUCUUUAUUCGAUAUGUCCACCAACUCGCAGGACUUCAAGCUGAUGCGCGGAACCACGCUGAAGCCGGUUUGGCGCUGCGGUUGCACGCAGACCUUUACGAAUGGAAUCCCAUCAAGACUGCCCCUGCGCUGCUAGAUCCAGGAUUCCCCGCACAAUCUCAUUUUGAGCGAAAAGAGCGCAUAUACUUCGAUAUGAUCAAGCACUUCGAAGACGGGGAGGCAUGGAGCAGUGCCCUGGCAGCCUACAAGGAACUGCAGCACCAAUACGAAAAUAACGUUUUCGAGUUCGCCAAGCUCGCAAGGACGGAGCGUGCCAUUGCUAAAAUCUAUGAGACGCUCGCAAAGAGUGACAAGCUGGUACCCAAGUACUUCAAGGUUGUUUUCAAGGGACUUGGUUUCCCACCUAGCGUCCGCGACAAGGAGUUUGUGUAUGAAGGUUCGCCAACUGAAAGAACGUCUGCAUUCACCGAUCGAAUGCAGGAGCAAUAUCCGUCUGCCCAAAUCGUGAUAACGGGCGACGUUGACAGCGAGGCUGAAGGGCAGUUCUUAGUGAUCUCGUCCAUGAGCCCACACCGGGACUUGACGCAUCAUGUCUUCCAACGUGCCAAGGUCCCUCAAGCUAUCCGCGAUUACCUGCUGUCUGCCCAUCCCCAAUUGUUCUCAACAUCCUCAAAGCGCAGUACCACCGGGCCUGUCACGGAACACUACGCGGAGAAGAUCCUGUACACUACAGCAGAGUCAUUCCCUACUAUUCUACGUCGCAGUGAGAUAGUGGAAGCUCAAGAGCUGAGACUUAACGCCAAGGAGACCGCCAUUGAACGCAUUGUGCGCAAAACGCAAGAGAUGACGGUCGUCGAGAAACGCUUGUUGGAGAACGACGAUGUUGCGCAGCUCCUUGUGGACGCCAUCAGCAUCUCUCUGAACCCCGAAUCCGAGAAUAGUAUAGUAUGCUACAGGCAACUCCUUCCUGCCGUACACUCGGAGGAAGAAGAAGAUGAUGAAGAGGAGCAGGCUGAGCUCGAUCAACAAGAAACCGCGAUCAAAAUGGCUCUUGUCGACCAUGCCAUAAUGAUCAAGCGGUGCUUGAUAAGCUUUUCUCAAAGCAGGAAUGCGAUCCUUUCCAAAGCCUAUAAGGAUCUCUUACCACAAUUCGAGUCAGUCUUUGCCCCAGAAAUCGAGAUCAUCAGUCCUCCACAGCCUGCUAGAGAGACUACUACCUCCACUCCAUCGCCAACCUGGCGAAGGUCUUCUCCUAUUCUCGAGAGUUCACCAGUGAAGGAGCAAAACGGCGUGUCUCCUUUCGCGGUUGGGACAGGUGUAGUUGAAGAAGCAGCUGCCGCUCAGCCUAUCUCGCUCAAACAGCGAGGUACACGUCUUAGUUUCUUGGGCGGCAGGAGAAAGGAGUCUCGCGAGUCCAAUGGCGAAAAUAUGACCUCCAUUGGCGACGGUGACUCGAAUAGCGUAUCCGCAAGUCAACGCAGUCGAAGCAAGGAGAACAGGCUGAGUUUCUUCCGUGCACCGUCUCACGAGACCACCAUCAGUGCCAAUCCUUUCACGCACGGCCAUACAAAUGGCGAACCGACUACGCCCGAAUGGGUCCAGAACGUGGCGAGGAAGAGCAGCGAGCUCGUAGGCAUCGUGGAGAAGGGCCAUGACAGCAGAGGUCUCGACGGUGGACCAAAGAUUGGUAGCGUAAGGAAGCGCUUGAGUAUGCUCAAGCUUGGGGGGAAGAAGACAGCAAGGCCGAAUGGCACGAUGGGAGGCGUCGAUGAGGAAUGA